CUUUAAACACUUCCUCACAGAGUUUUUAAAGCUGCUGUUGACAGUUUUUCAUAACCUACAACCACUAACAGAUAAACUUUUUCGCGUCCACAGUACAAAUAAAUUCAUCUUAAUGAAACAAAAGGAUAAACGGAGUACGAUGUCAGAUGAGGACAUCAUUAAAAGAAAGUUACUGAUUGAUGGUGAUGGGACCGGCGACGAUCGCAGAUUAAAUGUAAUAGCAAAAACCCUCAGAAAAUGGGCGAAUUCCUCCGAAGAAUCACCUUUAGAAAACCAAGCAACACAUGACAAAUUAUUAGCUCAAUUAAGCUUAUGCGAAUAUUCAGUGAGAAGAUCUCAACUGCUCACAAGAACUACAGCAAGACAGCUUGAAAAUUACAAAAAGAUUUACGAAAAGUUUGAACAGCAAAUCAGUGAAGUGAAAGAUUCAAUAAAACAAAACAAGGAUAAUUUAGUGCAAGCUAAAAUUUGGAAACAGAACCACAUGAUGUAUGAUUUGUUGGCACAAAGUAUUGCAGAACAACCAGCCCGUAAGGAAACAAACGAACGGUUAUCUAAUUUGCAAGCGGAAUUGAAAGAGUUGCAUAAGGAAAAAGAGCUUCUAGAACAGAAAUUGGAUAUGAGGAGAAAGCAAUUCCAUGUGCUGGUUUCUAGUGCAAGUAAACUGCAAGCAAUGUUGGAGGAGUCAAAUGAGUAUUGCAAUAACGACAGUUUACUCGAAGAUGUUGCUGAUAGUACAGGUCCUGAACCCAUGUCUGAGUAAUUUAAUCAAUAAACAGUUGUAUAAUUA